UAUUACAACACGGCCGCUCUUUCUGAUGUUUUGGUCGUCUGCGAUGAUCAAGAGUUCCAAGUUCACAGAGUGAUCUUGUCAGCCCACUCAAAGUACUUCACGGCUGAGCUAAAUGGCAGCUGGAAGGAAAGUUCCGAUAGGAAGAUUCAAAUCAAGGACUUUGACGUAAGCGUAGUGGAAGCGAUGCUGCGUUUUAUGUACUCGUUCGACUAUAGCAACAACACUGGUUCUUCCAUAAUGGUUUACGACGCCUAG